AAGGCGGCCGCCGCUGGGCUGCUGUGGAACGUGGCACCGGUGAUGCCCACCACCCCACACAUGUUCCAUCUGGCACCCCCUACCUUGGCCCACCCUUGUCCCUGAGUGAAUCUCCGGCCCCAGGCUAAUCGACGGGGCAACUCGCGCUAGCCUGCAGCAACUUGGUUUGUGUUUGAGGGUUGCCUGGACAACAGCCACUUCCGGGAGCGUGGUCUGUGAACCAGCUCGGCUGGUGCGUCGGUGAUCAGCCUCCCUCCCAGCCUGUGUGGGUUGUUGCCGCGGCAGCAGCUCCCUACGGGGUGGGCUGGGGGGGUCUCCACGCACCCCAGGUUCUCCACCCUCGGGUUCUGAUCUUGCGCUGGCAGUUCCUCUGACUGUUUGAUCGUUGCUUCUGGCAACAGCUGUUUCCAGGAGAUAGUGCUGUUUUCCCCUCAGCACCGCUGGCGCCAGAGCCCAGGCGUUCCGCCGUCUAAGCUACAGUUAGUGGGUCGCCGCCGUUCGCCCCUCCGGCUGACCUCGGCCGGCCGGGCCCGUGGGCCGCGCAUCCGGAGUCUUUUCGCCGCUCCAACCACUCAGCCGGGCGGUCAUGGUUCUGCUGCACGUGAAGCGGGGCGACGAGAGCCAGUUCCUACUGCAGGCCCUGGGGAGCACCGAGCUGGAGGAGCUCACGGUGCAGGUGGCCCGGGUCUACAACGGGCGGCUCAAGGUGCAGCGCCUCUGCUCAGAAAUGGAAGAAUUAGCAGAACAUGGAAUAUUUCUCCCUCCUAAUAUGCAAGGUCUGACUGAUGACCAGAUUGAAGAAUUGAAGUUGAAGGAUGAAUGGGGUGAAAAAUGUGUACCCAGUGGUGGUUCAGUAUUUAAAAAGGAUGAUAUUGGACGAAGGAAUGGGCAAGCUCCAAAUGAAAAAAUGCAGCAAGUUUUAAAGAAGACUAUAGAAGAAGCCAAAGCAAUAAUAUCUAAGAAACACGUGGAAGCCAGCAUGUGUGUUACUAUGGAGAUGGUGAAAGACGCCUUGGACCAGCUUCGAGGUGCAGUGAUGAUUGUUUAUCCCAUGGGGUUGCCACCGUAUGAUCCCAUCCAGAUGGAAUUUGAAAAUAAAGAAGAUUUGUCAGGAACUCAGGCAGGACUGAAUGUCAUAAAGGAGUCAGAAGCACAACUGUGGUGGGCAGCCAAGGAGUUAAGAAAAUCAAAGAAGCUUUCAGACUAUGUGGGGAAAAAUGAAAAAACCAAAAUUAUCGUCAAGAUUCAGCAAAGGGGACAGGGAGCUCCAGCCCGCGAGCCUGUUAUUAGCAGCGAGGAGCAGAAGCAGCUGAUGCUGUAUUAUCACAGAAGACAAGAGGAGCUCAAGAACGCCAGCAUGGCGGCGUGUCUGACUACCAAGCUAUACGAAAGACUAGGAUCUAUCUAAGAAGACUGCUUUACUCUAAGACUCUCUCUCCAGCUGAAGUAGUUAGCCCUCAUGCACCUGACAGCCGAGCGAGGUAACUGAGUGGUCUGCGUCGGAACCUAGUUAAGCCGGCCUGAACCCUGGCCAGUCCUGGCCCCUGGCAAGUGGUGUCAGGAAUGAGAUGUGACAAUAAACCACUGUUGUGAUUUCAUGAAUUAAAAAACCAAAGCCCCAAAAGGUUAAGUUGCUCAAGGUGAAGCAUCUUAAUCACCUGUAUGCCCUAGUCUGCCCUAAGUUCCCCCCACUGUGCCUGAUGUCGUUAUAAAUCGCUGCCAGUGAAGAGUGACAAGUGGACGUCUGUGGAGUAUAUAACUGGUGGGCCCAAAAGAAGAGUGGCCUAUUUGGAGAGAGAUGACAGCCUUUGAGUUUAAUGUGUGGGCCAACGGUGACGAAAUUGUGGUUCCCAAGACUCGGCUUUGGUUCAUGUUGUAGUCUGCCCAGGCUGCCGUACAAAUCCCAUGGAUUUCUUCCUCAGUUCUGGAGGCUGGGAAGUGCAAGAGUGAAGUGCCAGCAGGAUAGAUUCCGUGUCUGGUGAGGGCCGGCCUUCUCAUUCAUAGACAGCUGGUCUCUUCACUGUAACUUUACAUGGCUUAAGGGGCAAGAGCUGUUCUGUGUCCCUUUUAUAAAGACACUAAUGCCAUUCAUGAGGGUUUUGGUUUCCCAGCAGCCAAACUCUUAAGGCUAUCACCUUGCGCUUAGGUUUCAACAUAAAAAUUUUGGGGGGGGGGGGAAAUAAUUCAGGGGCACAGAUAUUCAGUCCAUAGUAGUUUACCAACUGUUGUGAGGGGGUUAGAGGAAGAUACGUGAGCCCAUCCUUGAGAUGCUUUAAGUGAAAACAAGCUUGUUUCAAUCUGAGAACUACGGCUCCAAAUGAGAGACGAAUGCAGCUGGGGUUGCAUGCCAGCUGGUGAAGAAACCCUCACCUGCUUGCAGACCCAGUGUAGGAUUCUGGUCAUUCCAGCAUGGUUCAGAGUUAGAGUAUAAACGGAUUCCCAUGGGCUAAGUCCUGGUCUGUCAUUACUUUGAAUGGAUUGAAUUCCAUAUACAGAUAGUCCCAGACUUACCAGGGUUUGACUUAAGAUUUUUUGGCUUUAUGAUGGUGCAAAAAUGCUACACAUUGAAUAGAUGCCAUUAUUCAAAUUUUGAAUUUUGAAUUGCCUUUUUCUAGGCUAACAGUAUAGAUACUCUCUCCUGCCUAGCUCCAGUCAGCCCUUCGAUCACAAGGUAAGGAACCCAUACCCUAUAGAGGACAGUGUUGCCAGAGGAUUCUGCCCAACUGUAGGCUAAUGUGUGUUCUCGGCACACUUCAGUGGACUAGGCCAAGCUAUGAUGUUUGCUAGGUUAGAUGUAUUCAGUGCAUUUUUGACUUAGGAUACUUCUAACUUGCGCUGGGUUUAUUGGGACGUAACCCCUUAAGUCAAACGUCUGUAUUCAGACCAAGAAAAUAAGUGUAGCUGUCUUGCUAUUCCAGCAGUGAGGCAGGAUUCCAAGAGAGCACAUGAGCCAGCAUCCUUAGAAAAUGCAGAAUGUAAGUGCCAAAAACCCCAUUUGUAGUUCUGUAACUAAAUCCCCGCCCCUAUGCCCGGUCAUGUUGAGUGGCAGCCUUGCCAAGAAGCCACAUAACUGCAGCUUUGUCACUGCCUUUCUCUUGAACCCUUUCUAGAAUAAAGG